CACAAGCCGAACAACGAAGCAGAAAGAAAUAAGAGAGAGAAAGAGAAAGAGAAGUCGUUUGGUUUCUGUUGUUCUGUUUAUUGGAGCUUAUUGGAGCUUGGAACAGUAAUGGCGUCUCAGCAGCACCAACAGCAGGCUGCUUCAGCAAACCCUCAAUCUGUACUGCAACAACAACAGCAACAAGCACAACAGCUCAGCCAGCAGCAAGACUUCGACCCUGUUCAUCGAUUUAAAAUGCUCAUCCCACAGUUAAAAGAAAGCUUACAGAAUGUCAUGAGUAUUGCUUCACAAAACUUCGUACACAAUUCUGGAAUUGAUAACGGAAUCACAGUGAGGGCGGAAAAUCCACUCUCACCGAGAAAGAACAGCGACACUACAGUUCAACGUUUUGACAAGAGUUUAGAAGAGUUCUACGCCCUCUGUGAUCAACUGGAGCUCUGUCUGCGUCUGGCCCACGAAUGCCUUUCUCAGAGCAUCGAUAGCGCCAAACACUCUCCAAAUCUGGUACCCACAGCAACCAAACCCGAGACAGUACAAAACGAGGCUCUGUCAUACUCUCAGUAUCUCAGCAUGAUCAAAUCUCAGAUAUCCUGCGCUAAAGACAUCCACAACGCGCUGCUCGAGUGCUCCAAGAAGAUCGCAGGAAAGGGUCAGCCACAGGGCAUUCUCUGAAGGUUCUUGAUUUGUGUUCAUCUUUGCUUCAUCUUCAUUAUGGACUGUCUCAGGAUUAGAAGUGUUUUUUGUACAUACAAACAAUUUAAAAUGUCGAUAUGUGAACCUUUUUGGAAAUAAAACAUGUACAUAUUAUUUGGAACAAUUCAUAAUUAAAUUGUGAUACUGUUUUCAAGACAAA